AUGUAUCUCAGUUGGAUUGAUUAUGGAGUUUCAAGUAUAGUUUUAAUUUUAUCUGGCGGUAUUGGCAUUCACUAUGCAUGUAAACGAUCAAAACCAGCAUCAACAAAAGAAUAUCUUAUUGCCGAUGGUCAAAUGAAAAUAUUACCAACAGCAAUGAGUCUAUUAGCAAGUUUUACCUCUGCAAUAUCUCUACUUGGUACACCUGUAGAGAUAUACUAUUAUGGAACAAUGUAUGUCUAUUCUAUAUUUGCUUGGUUAAUCGCAACGUUGGUAACAGUGAAAUUUUUUAUACCUAAAUUUCAUUAUGUUGGAAGUGUUAGUAUUUAUGCUUAUUUCGAAAAACGAUUUUCACAAGAAGUUCGGAUUUUGAUCACUUGCGACUAUAUCUUACGAGGGAACAUAUUUAGAGAUUGUGCUGAAUGCUUUUCUUUUCUUCAAGGUUUAAUCGAUAUUGGUGGAUUAUCAAAAGCAUUUGAUAUUCUAAGAGAUGGAAAUCGAAUACAAUUAGCAGUUAUAAAUUUGAAUCCGUCAAUACGCUAUACAAUUUGGAGUAUUCUAAUUGGUCACACAUUUUCUACUAUUGCACAAUAUGCAUGUAUUCAGACUCAAGCACAAAGAUAUAUGUGUGUUAAAGAUACAAAAGCAGCACAAAGAGUGAUAUGGAAUGCUUAUAUAAUGAAUGUGAUAAUGUACAUGUUUUGCAUAUUCAUUGGAUGUUUACUCUAUGCAAAAUAUAGUCAAUGUGAUCCACUUCGUGCUAAAUUUAUUUCACGAUCCGAUCAAAUGUAUCCGUUGUUUAUCAUAGAAACAUUAAGUCGUUUUCCCGGUUUACCAGGACUUUGGAUCGCUUCAAUAUUAAGCGCAACACUAAGCACAUUCUCCAGCGGAGUAAAUAGUCUUACUACGGUCAUUAUUGAAGAUAUUUACAAGCGAUUAGUAAAAAAACAUUCAACAUCUGCUGAUCGAGAACUCAUCAUCUCUAAAGUCUUGUCAACAAUAAUUGGAUGUUUGAUCAUAUUAGUGACAUUUGUUGUAUCUUAUACAAAAAAUAACAUAAUUACAAUUGUUAUACGAAUCAACGGUACAUUCUCAUCUCCAAUUCUUGGUGCUUAUUUACUCGGUUUUUUUUCAUCACGAGUUAAAAGUCGAAGUGUUUUGGUUGCUAUCUGUCUUUGUUUUAUAUUUCAAACCUUCAUGCUUGUUGGUUCAAUGAUUACUGUCCCACCGACAGAUCAACAUGGAGGACGUUUACCGACAUCUGUUAAUGAAUGCGUACCAUCAGUUAAUGAUACGAUGCCAGUGACAAUAAAUCAACGACUUAGUUUAUUAGAAUCAUUGUUUUCAAUAUCUCCUCUUUGGUUUAAUUUUAAUGGUACAAUUAUGAUGAUUAUAUCUGGAUUAAUCUUUACAUUUAUUUUUGAUUCAAAAGACGCGAAGGAAAUCGAUCGAUCAUUAUUAGUGUCCCGAAAGGAGAUUUUUUCCUGUCAACAAACCAUGGAACAAUCGGAUACACAUCAUAAUGGUGAAGUUUUAUUGACCGAUGUCAUGAUUGAAGAAGAGACUCAAUAUUAA